AUGGCGGCAGCAGCAGCGGCGGCGGCGGAGCGGGGCGGCGUGUCCGGGGCCUCUCACGGCUCCUCCGGGCCCGCGGCGGCGGAUUACUCGGUGCUGGUGGUGGUGGGGGGAGCGCUGCGGCCCGCCGGGCUGCUGGAGCGGCUGCUGCGGCAGGUAGACUCAGGUGUGCGCUGCUGGCCGGUACACCUGGAUGUUUCUGUUCUGGAUCAGCAGCUGAAACUCUUUGUGUCGAGACACUCGGCCUUCCUGUCAGAGGACGUCCCAGGUCAGAGGACUCUGCAGCACCGCGGAGACAUUCUGGACACUCAAGUUGUUGUGAAUCCAGCUCACGACUUUGUCUGCUCGGAGGUGCGACGACUCGUCUGCGACCCGUCUCGCCACAAAUUGCUGGUUCUGUGCGGUCAGUGUGUCGAAGAGUCCGGAGACAUCGUGUUACAGAAAGGAUUCUUCUCUCUCAACGACCUCAUCCACAUCUUUACUGACGAGGAGGUUGGGGAGUUGCUGAGCUCUGCAGACCCGGCGGUGAAGGCCAGCCUCACCAUCAGCUGCCCAAACUUUGGUCUUUGGAAGAAUUCUGUGCUGGAGAAACACAACCUUCAAGACUACAUAAACGUCCAGAUCAACCCUCCCCCCAUCCUCCCAGAAAUGGAGGGUCUGCAGGAGUUCACGGAGUACCUUUCCGAGUCGCUGGAGCCCGAGUCGCCCUUUGACCUCCUGGAGCCCCCGAACACCGUGGGAUUCCUGAAACUCUCUCGUCCGUGCUGCUACAUCUUCCCCGGCGGGAGGGGCGACUCUGCCUUCUUUGCUGUUAACGGUUUUAACGUACUUGUGAACGGCGGCUCCGAUCCUAGCUCCUGCUUCUGGAAACUGGUUCGGCACCUGGACAGGAUCGACUCUGUGCUUCUGACUCACAUCGGCGUCGACAAUCUCCCAGGGCUGAACAGUCUGCUGCAGAGGAAAGUCGCUGAGCAGGAGGAAGAGUCUGCUGCCUCUCAGAAUGAAGAGGACUGGAUGAAGAACCUAAUCUCGCCUGAGAUAGGGGUAGUUUUCCUGAAUGUUCCUGAUAGAUUGAAGUCCAUUCAGGGAGAUCCUAGCGAGCUGCGGAGUUGUGACCAGGUAGCGCUCACUCUGCAGCAUUUACAAAGACUUGCAAUCAAACCUGAACCUCUCAGCCGGUCCAAUGGACCCAGUAUAGAACCAGUUAUCUUAUUUCAAAAGAUGGGAGUGGGCCGUCUGGAGAUGUACCCAUUGAAUCCAGUCAGCGGCAGCAAAAACCUUGAAGCUUUAAUGCAGAUUUGGCCAAAUCAAGGAUCAAGUGUAAAGGGCUCAGAUCUUCCGCUACCAUGCCUUGUUUCCAUUUGUGCUUUGCUGGUCUGGCAUCCUUCCAGUCCUCAGGAGAAGAUCAUCCGUGUCCUUUUCCCAGGGUGCACGCCGCAGACCAAAAUUCUGGAAGGGCUUGAUAAACUCAAACAUCUGGAUUUUCUCAAACAUCCGGUUGUGUGUCUGAAGGACCUGGAAACAUCCAAAACUGAGAAACAACCAAAACGAGCAGAGAGUCGGGAAAGCCUUAAGUCCCUGUCAAAGGACUCCAGACCCAGUAGUGCCUUGCAGAAAGACAAGCUUGGACGGGUAGACGUUAAAAAACAGGAGGUGAAAAUGAAGCCAAAGGCAGCAGGUGACACGGCGUCGAAGGAAAAGAAGGAUGGGGAAGAAAAGCCCAAACUAAAGGAUGCCGAUGCUAAAUCAAAACCACCGAAACCUGCUGAAAAGUCUGUUCCAAAGAAAGACGUGUCAAAAGAAGAGAAAAAGGAAGUCAAAAAGAAGGAGGAGAAGGUCGCUGCUGUAGUAAAGAAAGAGGAAAGCGGAGACAAGAAAAAGGAAGUGCUAAAGAAGGAAACUCUAAGUUCAAAACCAAAGAAAGACAUCAAACCUGAACCAAAAAAAGACAGCAAGAAGGAUGUCAAAACAGAGGAGAAGAAAACGGCAAAACCAGCUGUUAAAGAAUUAAAGAAAGCAACAAGUGGAGCUUCGAGUGCAGCAAGCAUAGAAGUAAAGAAGACUUUGGGUAAGAGUGGGACUCUAAAGAAAGAUGGGACUCUUCCAAAGAAAGACAUUUCAAAUAAAGGGACUAAAGGUAAACCAGCAGAGCAGGAAAACCAGAAGGAGGCAGAUCGCUCCAAGGUGUCAACACCUGAAGACAUGACGGCAGAAUUUGAAAGACUUCGACUGGAAGACAACAACGGGAACAGCAGUCAAAACUCAAAGGUCUUGAGUUCUGAUGGAGCAACGACAAGUGGGAACCAGACCUCGACAGUAGAGAGUCCGGAGAAGUUUCGCUGCAUGGAGACAGACCACGUCUCUUCUGCAGAUUCUGGCUCUAACUGUGCAGGACACGACACUUUCCACCAGGCCUCUGAAGAGGAUAUGGAGGUUUUAGGUGAAGACAACAGCCUCGGGACAAGAGGAUCCAGUCUGGGCUUCGAAGAUUACAACCAGGGAGGUUUUAGGAACUCCAACCGGAGCUCUCUGAGGGAAGGUCCAGACAACUCCACGUCCUCUCAGGAUAAACAUUCCAGUGUUUUGACACUCAGCCCUUUCAAAGACAUCAUGCCAGACUCCUCCACCACCAUCACCUCCAUGCCUGCUGAGGUCGGCUCUCCUCACUCUACAGAAGUGGAUGAAUCUUUGUCGGUUUCUCUAGAGCACUCGCUGCCACCCAUUGCAGCGUCACCCAAAGGAGUCUACUCUAACGGACACGUUAGCGACUCGGACUCCAACACAGGGGUGGCUUUACCUCUGAGAUCCAAUCAGAACGGGAGUUGUGGGACUGGGUCAGAGGGACACAUCCACGGGAUGUCGGAGCUCAUCUCAGAUGUUCCACACGAUGUCGAUCUUUGCCUGGUGUCGCCUUGUGAGUUCCAGCACCCCAAGACUCCAGAGAACCAUCAGCAGCAUGUUAGCCUCUCUGACAACAACAACCCGUCACAGGAUCAAAGCAGCAGCGACUGCCCUUCAGCCUACAGCCAGGAGACUCCACCCACAUCGGUGAGCGACUCCCUCCCGACCGCCACGGACUCUGACGUCCCUCCCUGCACAGAGGACUGUCCGUCCAUCACGGCAGAUAUGGACUCUGAUGAUGAUUCCAGCAGCCUUUUCCCGCCCAGUCAUCCACAAGAUCACUCCAGUUUACAAUACUCCCACAGGGGAGGGCAUGACCCGCCGCCGGCCCCGGUGAAGGAUCUGCCACCGUUGCCACCGCAGCCUGGGGCCUGCAUGGCCGACACAGAGACGGGCAAGAACCUGAAGAGUUCAUCUGCCAAGACCAAGAAACCAACAGGUACGAUGCAGAAGACGACAUCUGGUAGUACCGCAGCCCAGAACGGGAAGUCCAGGCCCGGCAGCUCCAUGGGGUCCCUGAAGAUGACCUCCAGCCUCGACACAAAGCCGUCAUCCAGAAAUUCACUUGGAGGCUCCAGAAUUGGACCUGCAAAGUCCUCAGCUACCAAAGCUGCAGGUUCUGCAGGUUCGGAGGGUUCUGCGGUGUACGUGGACCUGGCCUACCUGCCAUCAGGGUGCGCCUCCUCCACGGUGGACUUGGACUUGUUCAGACGCCUUCGCUCCUCGCAUUACAUCAUCAGCGGAGACGAUCCCGUGAAGGAGGUGGCGAUGAGGAGCAUCCUGGACGCUCUGCUGGAGGGGAAGAGCAGCUGGCCGGAGGUUCAGGUGACUCUGAUCCCAACGUUUGAUUCGCUGGCGAUGCACGAGUGGUACCAGGAGACCCAUGACAGGCAGAAGGAGCUGUCGAUCACGGUGCUGGGCAGCAACAGCACUGUCGCCAUGCAGGAAGAGACCUUCCCCGCCUGCAAGGUUGAGUUCUGAGCCCCGCCCACCUCACCUUUGACCUCACACGGAUGGAGUCAGAGGAGAUGGAGAGCAGUCUGUUUGUUGUUGCCUUGGUUACAUCCUGACCAGACUAACAACGGCGUUCGAUCAGGUUUCCUUUAUCAUUCAUCAGCUGAACCUGAAAGCCCCGCCCACUUCGGUUGAGUCAUUUUAGUGAGCAUGCUCAGUUACUUCCUGCAUAGUCUGACUCACCGGAUGUGGAGUGUUGGGCAAAGCCUGCCAUAGGUUCCAAUGGGAAUCCCCCCCAAAACAAGCCGGAGCUUCAUCUCGGACUUAUAAAGAUUUCUUCCUGCAACGCUCUUAAUCUGAAGGUUGAUGAAACAGGAAGUGAAGAUUCUGGUCUCCAAAAUAAGAAACGGUUUCCCUUUUACAUUUCUUGCACCUGUGUGACAUCACUUCCUGUCACUUCCUCUCUGCUGGAUCAGGACCUACAGCUCACCUGCUAAAAAACAUUAGCACGUUAGCAGGAGGCUGGUUAUUAACACUAAAGUCUCAGUUCAUUGGGAGCCACACUGGACCAAAAUAAAUUAAACAUAUCUAACAAGCACAGGUUAUACAGCUCAGAUACUCAUUUAGAGAAAGCACAAAUAUAAAUGGUAGCUUAUGUUCGUUUACAGCUGAUCAUUUCACUUUUACAUUUUAGUUUUUAGCUGCACAGAAACAAAAAUAACAAUAAGACCUGGUUCUCCUAAUUAUGAGGCAAGAUCUUGUUAAAAAAUAUGAUGCUGUUCAAUAAUAAUUUAAUCUUGUAAUCAUCUUAAUCAGAUUUACGAGAUCUUUGUCCUAACAGUAUAGAAUCUUUGUUCUGUAGUUGCGUCAUGCAAUCUUUAUCUCAAAGAUUGUCUCUUUCAAAAAAAAAAAAAAUAGCGACAAAUCUAGCGACUUUUUUUGGUGUUAUUGGAAACUUUUGGAGACUCGUUCCUACUCUUCUUAACGAGUAGCAAGCGCCGUCCCAAAGCACUCACAAGCGGCCCAGUCCUCCUGCAGCAGUCUCUCCCAGCUGCAGUCAGAGCAGGAAAUGUUAACCCCUCAGUGUCCAGUUUGCAAAUGAAUCAUGCAUGCGUGAAAUCGCUGCCUCAACCAAUCAGCGUUGACGAGUCAGUAGCUACCUGAGCUGCUAACCGGUGAAGUUGGGCGGAUCCUCUCUCCCAAGCCACACCCAUAACGGCUAACUACAGGGAAAAGUACCUAAUGGAAACGCGUCUUAUAUUUAACCUCUAGCAGCCUGUAGCAGGACCUCAAACAGGAGGGGAAAUAACACUCCAAAGUUUCACGAGUCUCCUCUUUACAGACUAAUAUACAUUAUUAUAAACUUUGGUCUGAAGACAGUGAAAUCGAUUCAUCACAGCAGAUUAUGUGAUUAGUUCUCUGAGAUGUUUAUCUCAACAUUUGGAGGUUUUUAUCUCAUAAAAUAUUUAAGAUUGCAUGUUUAGCGUACUUUUUAAUUACAGGACCUUUAUUCAGUAUUAAGAUCAAUAUUUCAUGACAGUUCAGGAUCUGUAAAAAAGAUUAUUUCAUAAUGACAGUUUCUAUUGCAGAACAAAACAGUUUUAAGCAAUUUGCAUCUUUUAUCUGAAAUAUUUUUCAGUCUUUAUUACAUAAUCUGCAUGUUUUUUCAUAUUUUAUCUUUAAUUAGUUCCCUGAUCUUUGUCUUGUAAAUCUGAAAUGAUCUCACAAUUAAGAUAUUUUUUUAAUCUUAAAUAGUAUUAACCUCAAUCUGGAAGAUCUUUGUUUUCAGAAUAACAUCAGCUUUAUCUCAUUAUGUUCACAAAUGUGCGUAAUAAUUAUUCAAUCUUCAUGUUGUGAGAGCUCUUAUCUCAUACUGCCAUAAUGAAACAAUCUGCAUCUGAAGAUUGUGAAAACUUUUACCUCGUCUGUAUCUUCAUCUGAUGUUUUUCAUACAAUACAAUCACAUUUCUACAUAAUCAAAUGAAAUGUGUCCUCACAGUUUCUCAUAAAGAAAGAUUUUCUUCUGGUAACGAUGAAAAACAGGAUUAAUUAUGACGUGUUCUGAUCCAGCAGAGUUUUUAAUAAUCACACUUGGGACCACAUGUUGCCUAAAAACAGAUUUCUGAUCAGGUGGAUCAUGUGACUGCAUGCUGCACAGAUCUCAGAUCAGAUCUCACCUGUUUUGUAGUGUGUUUUUAUUUGUAUUCUUCUGAACUAUGCUGUAAUUUCCCCCCUUGAAUUACUAUAUUACCCAAGAGCCUCUGCUGCUGAACUCUGCCCCACAGGUGCUUCAAUCAUCCAAAAUCUAAAACGAAAUAGUUUCUAAUUAAUGCGAUGAGGUAAUCUGGGUGUGGAGCUCUCUGAUUGGAUGCUUGCUGCAGCAGUGCUUUCUGGGACUUGUAGUUCUUUCCCAGAUGACGUAGAGAGGCUGGUUAGAUAUAGGGGGGAAAAUCAAUAUAUCAAUGUGUUCAUUAAGUUUCCUUUUUUAUGUUUUUCUUCUGUGUGUAAUUUACAAUUGACUGAAACCACGAAGGCAAAACUUGACCGUCCUUUUUAUUUUCUCAAAAAAACAAACAAAACAUUUCAAUCUUUAAUUUAUUUAUUUAUUUUAAUUUUUGUCCUUUAAAAAAAAAAAUCUUGUCUGCAUUUUUUUUUAUCCUGAGUCUGAACUUUGGUACGAGCUUGAGCUUGAUUCAUUAGUUUGGUUUUAAUUCAAAGUUUAUUGAUCGAUGAGCCUUUUUAAGGGCUAAACACACAAACAGCAACAACUCGUCUGAUUAUUGAUCCGACUGUUCCUGCAAAAUAAAAUCAGA